UAUGAUUAUAGUUUAUCCAUUUCUUUUUACAUUUUGUAUUUCUUUCUUGCUUGUUUCUCUCAUCGCUUUCUCUCUCUCUCUCUCUCUCAUCGCUCUCUUUCUCUUGCUUGCCUUUCGCUCUCCCUCUUUCGUAUAAGACGAUCCCCCAAAUGUAUUCGCAUCAUAAUCCUGCGUAUGGCCAACAGCAACCACAGCAACAGCAGCCUCCACCGCCGCCUCCUCCUCCCAUGCCAUUACCUUCUAAUCCAUCGGGUUCAUCUCAACAACAACAACAACAACAACAUUAUCAACAACAAGGGAAACAGCCUUCUCAUCAUCACUCAUACGCAACGUCCCCUGCCCCUCUUCUUCAAGAUCCCUUUCAUCAUCAUCACCUCCAUCAUCUGGUUCAUCCUCCUCCUCCUCAAUCCUUGUCGCCUUCCACUCCCAAUCCUAAAAAUAAUAAUAAUAACAACAGUCUUCCCCCUUCCGUAUCCAUACCUCCGCCCGUCCAUCAUCUCUCUUCCUCAGAGACGUAUCAGGAAAAGUACAUUCGCGCCCUCGAAGAGAGGCUCGUCGCUGCUCGGGAAAUAUCGGAACGGGACUUUAUCAUUCGGGAACGGGAUGCCAUCAUUCGUGAGCGAGACAGUGAACUGCGCAGGAUCGAGAGGGACGUGGUUGCCCCGCUCCAGGAUGAAAACAAGAGGCUGAUCGACUUGAAUCGUCGUCUGGAAGAGAGAAUCGCUCAAUUGGAAAAGGUUGCGGCCGAUCAACAUGCAUUGGAUAUGCAUCGCCCCUUGAUUCCCACGUCCCAACCCGCUCCACCCGCCGCCGCCUCUGCCGUCGGCAUGGCCAUGGAUCCUCCCCACUCUGGAUGGUAUCCGUCAAAAAACAUGUCACACGGGCCUACCAUGAAUUCUCCCUUGGACGGACGAGGAAAAGGAGGCUACGUACCCGCCAUGCCGCAUCAACUCCCGCCCGUCGAUCUAGUCGCAAUGCCCAACAAGCCCUUGUCGGUCGCCUCAGAAGGACCCGACAACCGUCCCUCGCGCACACCAGAUCCAGAACCAGAAGACAUGGAUCCAUUGAAUGCAUCGCCCGGUGUCGCCUGGACGUCGGUCCUGCGCAAGCUCUUUCCCGGUUCCCUCUCUCAGCUCAGACCUGCUCAGCGCACUCAGAUAGAGUCGGCUGUCAAAGACUAUCUCGUCAACAAACUAGGUCCAGAGCGCGCUGCAGAAAGCAAAGUUCGUGGACUGGGCAGAUCAACAAGUCUCGUCGAUGCCAUCCCCAGUGAACUCCACGCGGAUUUUGCAGACUGGUUCGGUCAACAAAUCGAAUCCGGCCUCCUCUCUUCUUCGUCGUCGACGUCGUCGGGUGGAAAACGCAAGCGGAGCUCGCUGGGAGCUUCAGCGCCCUGGACGACAGCAAGCGCAACAAGUCCCGUCUCGUCUACUGACGCGGAUUCCAAGCGAGCAAAAACCAUGCUCACUCCCACAUCCUCGGGCCCAGUCAUUCUCGGUCCUCGCUAUCCGAGGGACUUGAUGGCCUGGACGGAUCUUGUCCGAACCCGCUAUCCCAGCUUCAACGCCAAUGUCCCGCAAAUGAGUAUUUUUACAAAGUCCUUUCUAAAGUCGCGUGGCAUUCCAGAUCAAAGAUACCCGGCGCUCAACACAAACAAGAUGGCCUGGGCCAUUCCUCAGCGGUACUGGGACGAGUACCUGGAAAAGUUUGAAGAAAAUUUUCCCUACAUGGCGUACAUGAGAAAGGAAAAGCAACAGCAGCAGCAACAGCAGCAGCAGCAAGCCGCCGAGGCCGGUCAACGGGAUGAGUCUGAGGUCCAUGUCCCGAGCAAAAGGAUGCUGAAACCACCACCACGCGACAGUGACCGACCGCUUGACAAGCGUGCCGACAGGCGCAACGAGAUGCCACCACCAGCACCACAUCCAGAUCCAGCACUACCAGCAGGAGACAAUGGCGGCGAUGGAUUCAGUGGUGGGCCCGCUGAACGAGUCAUGCAACGUCAUACCCACUCGGCAAGCGCCUCUCCUCUAGGUUCCCCUCUUUUGUCACGCGGCAACUCUGGCAGUGCAUCCGGUCCAACGGCCCCCCAAGCCCCGAGCAAUUCUCCCGUCAACGUCCUUGCAUACACGUCUCCCACAGGACCUCAAACGACUCCAUUAACGGUUUGGACUGAACUCAUUCGAAAGCGCUACCCGGCCUACUUGGAAGCCGCCUCCAAGCCCUUGUGGAAUCGCAUCCGGACAGGAGUUCGCGUGUUUUUGGAGACGGUCAUGCCCGCCUAUGGCGUAACCGUGGAUGGAUGUCUAGCAAGCGUAGGCAAAGGCCGCAAAACCUAUGGCGUGCCCGAUAUUGUCGAAGAAGCCUUUUGGAAAUGGUUUGAAGAAAAGAUGAAGACGGAUUUUGAUAGCUUUCCUAGCUCGAGCAGCAGGAUCUCGAGCCCUCAACCCCAUCUAGAGGCAAAACAUCACCACGAAGUCAUCUCCGUCAAUGAGGACGACAACAAUGACAAUGACAAUAUUGAAAAGAGCCCUCACCCUUCUGGUGUACGCAAAAUUACGCUCAAAAACAAUGCUCCACCGCCGCCACUGCCGCCAAGUCGAGGACCUCGUAACGGGGAUAUUACCUUGUUACCCAACGUUCCGUCCCAUGCCUCCUCGUCGGCAUCGUCGUCGUCCCUUGCCAUCCCAGCUUCACCCAAAUCCCCUCGUUCUCUCCACCCUCCUCACCCACAUGCUCCGGUCCACCACCACCAGAACAACCACAACAACCACAACAACCACAACAACAAUACUCACCGAAACCAUCCAAGCCAUCACCCCCAUUACCAACACUCCCACCACCACCACCACCCUCAUCGACCCACCACCCACAUUCGUCAUGCGAGCUGGGAAGCCGAAGAAGAAGAAGAAGAAGAAGAAGAAGUCGCAUCCCCCAAAGCCACCACCAAGAACCCAUUCACCCAAGACACAGCCGACAAUGAUCAAGACGACGACGGCGACGGCGACGACGGCGAUGACGAUGGCGACGACGACGACGACGACGAAGCAACCCCAAGCGACUCUGACGAGAACGACGCAGACGACGAAGCCGCCCGUCGUACGACUCUUCCGGCCAACCCAACCUCUACCACCGACUACGAUCCAAAACCGAUUCGUUACAACCAGUAAGUCCCCCCCGUCCUCCCCCAUUCUUCCUCCUCUCCCAUUAUCUCAUCCAACAUCCUUGUACGAAAAAAGCAUGCUAAAAUCCAUCAUGCCAACCUACACAACCCUCCCAAAACCCACCCGCAUCGAACUAAAACACCACGUCCGAAACUUUUUAAUCAACAAUGUGGCCGAACACCGGUUAAAUGAAUGCAUGUUGUUUACCACCCAAGGCGAUUCCUAUACAUUUGCCAUUCCACGAUGGUUGGCGGAUCGGUUCCGGUCUUGGGCAGCUAAACUCUUGGCAUUGAAAUUUGGAUCCAGUGUUGUCGAACAUCAUGUUUUGGAUGAUCGAGAUACCGUAGAGUCUGGGUUGGUGGAGUCUACUAGAGAUGUGGAUUUGUCUGAACGAACGAGUCCUGUUUCGUCUCCCUCGCGUUCGAGGACGUCUACCCCUGAUAAAAACUUGUUGCUCCUCCAAGUUCAACCGAUCAGUGAAAGUGAAGAUCCGCUUGAUAAAGAUGUGGAUGAGUAAAUGGAUUGUACAUAUAUACAUGUAUAUUGUAUUGUCGUGCUGUUGCGGUGUGAUGGUGUGUUUGUAUAUCUUUUUUGUGAUUUAUGAAAUAUAUAUAAUUCUUUUUA